UAAACUAUUUAAGCAUUGUCAAAUACUGCCAUUAAACUGGAAAAUUGGGCCAGACCUUUUCUAAUCUGGUUAAGGUCUUUGCUUUAUUUAUCAAUUAUAGCUAUAUUACGCUGGCUGCAAUGCAGUUAAACACUCAUUUAGUGUCCUUUUCAGCAAAUGUCAUGCCAUGUAUAGCGUGGUAGCCGGUUUAAACUCCCGAGAGAAAGCAGCAUUGCAGAAGGUCCACAAAUCUGCGAGACUGCCACUUUUUGAGCCAGGCCUUAUUGGAAUAUAAUGCAUUUAUAAAAUGUGGGAUUUUUUUAUUUAUUUAUAUACUUAUGUACUAAUGAAUGUAGGAAAUAUAAACUUAUGUACACAGAUUUAUAUGAAUUUGGUUAUGAUAGUGGCCUUAACUUUUUAAAAGUAGAUUUUUUGUCUUAUUCUUGUAAACAUCCAAUUACUAAAUCAUAAAUAUUCAGCAUAAUUUGCAUAUAUUUAUUACUUUUGUGAAACUUAUUCCGUGUAUGAAAGGUGUUAAACCGAUUAUGAUUUCUGAGUGGUUUCUAGGACUGCAGUAGCCUAUAAAUGUAAGUAAAUUAAAAUAUAAAGAAUUAUUAACAUUCAAUAUCUGAACGUUGGUAAUGCUGCACCUUAGGCAAGAACAUACAGGCAACGUGAUGACGCCACACGUCGGCUCAUGGCCACGUGACCCGUGCACCUGUGCCCAACCUGUUUAUCUCUGCCGCUCCUCUCGCCGCUCGGGAAUAAAUCCAAGUCCCCGUCGUUUACACUAAACGUUUUACUUUCAACUGGUUUCGCACAGUAAACGCUUCAGACCACCAAAGUGAAUGAAUGUUUUUUUGUUUUGUUUUGUUUUCUUUGGUGGUUUUUUUGCGACAGGAAUUGUUUGAGUUGUUGCCGACCGACUGUGUGGACUUGGACCUCGGUCAAGGUACCUGUCUCAAACAAGGAAGUCUAGCCUAUUGAGCUCUGCGUUGAUGAAACCGACAGGCCCUUAGUAAAUGACGGUAAAUGCCCGCUGUUGACGGUUCUGAAAGGCGAUUUUAUCCUCGAUGUUGAUCCUAUAACGUUGGCUUGUGUCACUCCUGGACUGUUUGUGGACAGUCUCAAGUCGACGGGAUAAAGCAGCUUCCACCCUCCCCCGGGACAAGGUGAGCUGUGUCUGUGUUGACGAUGAACAUCUCUUUCGAGGACAUGGAUUCAUCAGCCGAAAAUAAUUCUAUUGUUCACCUGGCUGCACCAAUUCUCCCAGACAAGUCAGAUAUCUCCAAUAUGACCAUUAUCCGAACAAGCAACGGGUCAAUCAUAGAGGACCAGAUGUUUUUAAACACAAUGGCUGCUCAAGGCCUCUCCGGGAUAUUUGUCUGGUCUGCCUUGCUCAUAACAUGCCACCAGAUCUACACACACCUCAGAUCCUACACCGUCCCCAAUGAGCAGCGCUACAUCAUCCGUAUCCUGUUUAUUGUGCCAGUUUAUGCCUUCGAUUCUUGGCUCAGCCUGCUCUUCAUCAGCAACGACCAGUACUACGUCUACUUUGAUUCUAUUCGAGACUGCUAUGAAGCAUUUGUCAUUUACAAUUUCCUGAGCCUGUCAUUUGAGUACCUGGGAGGAGAGAGUGCAAUUAUGUCCGAGAUUCGAGGGAAGCCCAUACAGUCAAGUUGCCUGUAUGGUACCUGCUGUCUGGUUGGAAUGAGCUACUCCAUCGGCUUUUUAAGAUUCUGCAAACAGGCGACUCUCCAGUUCUGCGUUGUCAAACCCAUCAUGGCCGUCAUCACCAUCAUCCUGCAGGCCUUUGGCAAAUAUCACGAUGGAGAUUUUAAUGUGAACGGAGGAUACCUGUACAUCACAAUCAUCUACAACUUCUCAGUCAGUCUGGCCCUCUACGCUCUCUUCCUGUUCUACUUCGCCACGAGUGACCUGCUCAGGCCGUAUGAGCCAGUGCUCAAAUUCCUCACAAUCAAAUCUGUCAUCUUCUUAUCCUUCUGGCAAGGAAUGGUCCUCGCCAUCCUGGAACGCUGCGGCGUCAUUCCCAACGCGCUCUUCAUCGACGGGCAAGAGGUCGGCGCCGGCACCGUGGCAGCAGGCUGGCAGAACUUUAUCAUCUGCAUCGAAAUGUUCUUUGCUGCUAUUGCGCUCCGAUACGCCUUCACCUGCACCGUCUACCAGGAGAAGAAAAAUGAAGUGCCAGAGAACAUCCCCCCUAUGCAGAGCAUCUCCAGCGGUCUGAAGGAAACCAUAAACCCUGGAGACAUGGUACAGGAUGCCAUCCAUAACUUCUCCCCAGCCUACCAGCAGUACACUCAGCAGUCCACACAGGAAGUGGUCCAGCCCAACAUGAACGGAAAAAUAGCCACAGGCAACAAAGGCUCCCGCAAGUCUGACAAAAUCAUGCUGAUCACUUCCGAUGAUGAGUUCUAGGCAUGUUUCCAGCAAGAUCCAGGUGUUUGUGUCCUUGCCACCCCUAUCUCUGACCCUCUGGGGAAACAGCUGUAUCGCAUAUCACAAGAAGCUGGAUUGAAUCCAGGUGUUUAAUUUUCAUGAUCCCAGUAUUUAAGAUGGGCUGCUUACUUCUGUCCAGUUUUAAUGAAUAAUUUAAGCACCAAGAAGAGGAUGAAAUGAAUAAUAGUUUUGAAAUUGAUAGCUCAGUGACCAGAGAACUGAUCUGUCUCCACCUCAGCAGUAAUCACAGGAAAAUGACAUGUCACCUUUACUGUAUCACAAAAGUAUGGAGCUGCGCAUUUUCUGUAAAUCAAGCCGCUGGAUUUUCAGCGCCGAUCCUGAUUCUGUUUUUGUCAUUAUAUCAGUGCUCGCUCUCUGGCUGUCUGAAGUUUGUUCUGAUUCAUGCCAGUUUCAAAGAGGAGAUGAUUAAUAUGUGACUCCAGGUGGAAAAGCAGGGAAGCCAGCGAUGGCUGGGAAUGACACUUCAUGGACCGUCUCUCGCAUGUGCUUGUUUGAAGUAUUUGCUGAGCAUUCCUCUGCACAGUUUCCUGACAAAUGGAAGAAUUCAUUCAAAGACACAUUAGUUUUGGAGCAGGCACUUCAAACUGCAGACUAUCGCGCUUCUGAAUCCUUUGUAUUUACCGUACCAUGGACAAAUUGGAUUAACCAGUCUCCUACAAAGUGGGAGUUGUAUUAUUCUCAUUAAUUCUCCCAGCAUGCUAAAGAGUGUAAUUCAGUGCAACUAGACAGUAGUUUUAGUAGCUUCUGCACUAUUGUAAACUUUCUCGUGUUCACAUCACUAUUUAUGUUAUAAUUCCAUAUUCCAGGGAUUAUAAAAUGAUAAAAUAUGUACAGAAUUUGAUUGGUGUAAUGCUUAAUUGUGGUGUUUAAUAUGUUCUAUUUGUGUAAAAAAAAAAUCUCUUUGGUUUAUGAAUUGGAAAAUGCUUAAUAUAUGUAAUGUGUGUAGUUGAGGAAUAGUCAGGAGAAUCAAAAUCUGCUAUAUUGUACAAUGUCAAUUUUUGUCAUUCAAAAUGUUAUCAUCUUUGUUUUUGUCAUAUGAGACCAGUAGUGUCCAAGUUUGUGUGUCAACUCAUAGUUUAAGAUACCCUCUUGUGCCAAUGAUUGCUGCCUUUCUGGGAAAGCAGAAAUGAACUUACAGUUGGGUACACAGUAAUAUUUGAAAAUACUUUUGUCAAAAAUAGUUUUGACACAUGUUUCUUACUCCUGUUUGGCACUUGUGCAGAAUAAAACAAUUUUGCUUGUGUAA